AUGCCCCAGUCUAUAGAACAGGAGCUGUUAGUAAAUGGAAAGAGAGAAAUUCGGAUCUUAACCCAAUUGAACAUCUUUGGACGUUUUGAAAAGAAAGUAGAAAGUAUGCCAAGAAGGGUUCAAGCGGUAAUAGAUAGUAGCGGCUAUCCAACUAAAUAUUAA